CUUGUAGCUAGCGACGAGGCAGGCGACGUCACUGCUUCGGUCAGUUUCCCCGUCAGCGACUACGAACCCACGGCCUGGCACUUUGCUGAAAUCGAUGUCGCCUCAGACGACAUGGGAGUCAUAAUGUCUGUAAAGAAACAGGGCGAAGAGGAAUCUAACCUGCUUCUGACACCCUUCUCGAGCCUGGAGGCCGUCUACUAUGCUUACGACAACGUGCCGCCGUUCACGGGUUGUCUACGAAAUAUGCACAUCUCAGUGGACGAUUCAGUGGGAACUCCGAUGUCAUUCCCCGAGGGAACCCCGAAUAUCGUCCUCGGUGUCUGUCCUCUCUGA